AUGUUUAAACGGUCCAAGGUGGCCGGGGACGAGAGGAACCAGAUCCUUACCACCAACUGUUGGCUGACCCACGUCUGGACGGAUUACCACCUAACUUGGAACGUCUCUGACUUUGGCGGCGUGGAGAAGAUUCGCGUGCCCUACUAUAGGGUGUGGAAGCCUGACAUCAUACUCUACAACAACGCUGACUCUCAGUACACCACGGCCGUGAUCAACACGAACGUGAUCGUGACCAGCGCCGGCCAGGUCACCUGGCUGUCGCACGGCAUCUACCAGUCGUCGUGCGACAUGGACGUCGAGUACUUCCCGUUCGACAUCCAGAGCUGCGAGAUGAAGUGGGCCAGCUGGACGUACGACGGCUACACGGUACGUCCCCGCGUGUGA